AGCGUUAGAUUUGAAGUCGAAUUGAAGUCAAAGUCUCCAAAAUGAAAAAGAUAUUCAUAUUCACUACCAUUUUAUUACUGCUUUUUAUGUUUGAUUUGUCGCAUAAUUAUCGGGUUUUAUCAAACACUGACCCAUCGUUUGAAUGCACCCCAUGUGCCCGAACACGACUCAUAGGCUGCUAUCACGGCAAGUGUACCUAUCGGUGCUACAGGAGCUGUAACAACGGCACAUUCAGUUUCAUCGAGGCCCAGAAGUUCGUAAUCGUUGGCACCAAAUGAGUCCAACAAACAUUUGUUUAAAUAGAAAACUUAUCAAUAGAAAUGUUAUAUAAAUAAUAGAGUGUAAUAACAUUAAUUCAUUUAUACUUUUUUGACAUUAAUUGUGAAUUCAUGAAGAUUUAGUAAUUG